GGAAACCAGCCCAGCUGAGGAGAGAAAACAGCGAGUGGCUGAGACGCGCUGCAGACGGAGCUGCAGACGGAGCUGUGGACGGAGGACCAUGUCUCUGGAGGGGAGGGUGGCGCUGGUGACCGGAGGGGCGCAGGGCAUCGGCAGGGCGGCGGUCCAGGAGCUGCUGCGGAGCUCAGCCAAGGUGGCCGUGGUGGACCUGAACCAGACCUGCGGGGAACAGUGCAAGAAGCAGCUGGACGCCGAGUUCGGAGAAGGGAACUGUUCCUUCAUCCAGUGUGACGUUUCCAACGGCGACGCGCUGACAGAUGCCUUCCAGAGAACCGUGGACCAGUUCGGUCGACUGGACAUCGUCAUCAACAACGCCGGCAUCAACAACGAGAAGAACUGGGAGAAAACCAUCCAGGUGAACCUGACGUCGGUUAUCAAAGGAACCUACCUGGCUCUGGAGCACAUGAGCAAAGAGUACGGCAAGGAGGGAGGAACCAUCAUCAACGUGUCCUCCAUGGCAGCCUUCCUGCACUCCCCCCACCAGCCGGUCUACACCGCCACCAAACACGGAGUCAUCGGCUUCACCAGGGCCAUGGCGGACGCCUCGUCUCAGGGCGACUACGGCGUGCGGAUCAACGUCCUGUGCCCGGCCUUCGUCGACACGCCGCUGCUGCGCUCGGUGGAGCACGAGGACAACAUGGGCAAGUUCGUCAAGUUCAAGGACGACUUCAAGCUCAGCAUGAGCAAGUUCGGGGUUCUACAGCCGUCGCUGAUCGCCGAGGGCAUGAUGAGGCUGAUCGGAGACUCCAGCCUGAACGGAGCCGUCAUGAAGAUCACCUGCUCCAAAGGAAUCCACUUCCACACCUACGAGCCCAUGUCGGCCUGAGCUGGACUCUGCUGGGCCGCCACGAGGUCGCUCAGAACUGCAUUGAUUCACUAUUUAAUGAUUCUGUCCGACUGCUGCUCGGCAGGUCCGUGGACGGAGCCGUCACGGUGACACGUCUGAAAUGUUGUUCUACAGCUGAUUUAUGUGCUUUGUGUACAAAUUUAAAUAAAUACUGAGAGUUUGUUUGAUCUGG